GAAACAAAAGAAAACAAAGACAGCUGUUUAGAUUUAGUAGACCGCUAUGAUUUUUUCGGGUAUUUCAAUAAAUUUUUAUAAAUAUAAAAGAAAACUGACGUAUUUCAGAUCAUUUACUACACAGAUAGAUAAUAAUGAAUUAAAAGUUUUAUUUUUUGGAACUGACAAUUUCUCAUUGCCCAGUCUUAAAGUGUUACACAAGCAUAAUAGUGAUGUUAAAAAUUUAGGAGUUGUUACCUCAUUUAAAAGUCCCGCAAAUUGUGUGCGGCAGUAUGCCGAACAACAAAAGUUACGUUUAUAUAAAUGGCCUAUAGUUGCGGAAGAUUGUCGUGCAUAUGAUUUAGGUGUUGUUGUCUCAUUUGGCCACUUAAUACCUACUCAAAUAAUUAAAGCAUUUCCUUUAGGUAUGAUUAAUGUGCAUGCCAGUUUAUUGCCCAGAUGGCGCGGAGCUGCCCCUAUUAUUUAUGCCAUAAUGAAUGGUGAUAAGGAAACUGGUGUUAGUAUAAUGCGUAUAGAACCUAAACGUUUUGAUGUUGGUGAUAUUUUUGCCCAAAAACCUGUAACUAUUCAACCCGAUGUAUAUAUGCCGGAAUUACAUAAAGAAUUGGCUGGGGAAGGAGCAAACUUGUUAUUGGAAGUAGUCAAAGGUUAUCCCCAAACCUUUAAAAACCCUUUAAAACAAAACGAAGAAGAGGCUUCAUAUGCACCCAAAAUUACACCAGCCGUAACUGAAAUAGAUUGGAAGAGCAUGUUAGCGCAGGAUAUAUACAACCGCCAUAGGGCGUUAUUUACAUUUAAAGCUUUAAUCGCCAAAUUUCAAACCAAAUCUGUAGAAAUAUUAGAUGCGAAAUUACCACCUUCUACUCUUAAAUCACCAUUUUCGAUGGAAUCUCCCCAUGGUGCAUUGGAAUAUUGCAAAGAACGUAAAUGCCUGCAAGUAAAAUGUGCUAAGGACACAUUUGUGGAAGUUUUUUUACUACGUAUAGAGGGUAAAAAAGCCAUGAAGGCCAUAGAUUUCAAUAAUGGCUUUUUAAAAAAGUUGCCUAAAGAAGAAAUGAAAUUUCAUUGUAAUAAAUUGGCUGUUUCUUGUUAACGAUUUUUAAUUCAU